UGGGCGUCCACCUUGGUAUCUCGAAUUUCUUUUAGAAGUAUCACCGAGUAAAGUGCGAUUAUUUUACGUGUAACUUCACAUAAUGAUCCCGCUCUUUGACCUAUAAAUCUACAGUGAAAGUCGGGAGAAAUUGCUUCUGACAUGGCCUCCCGUCAUCAGACCCCGUCUCCACUGCUACCUGACUCCGGUGAUACACCUUGCAACAACGAAGAACAAUUGUCUCCAGUUCCAAUCCAUGUUGUUACCAGUGCAUGUCAACUUCCUGCUGAAUUUCUGGAGCCUUCGCCUGAGAAUCAACUAGUUAUAGGCUUUGACUGUGAGGGGGUUGACCUCUGUCGCCAUGGGACUCUUUGCAUCAUGCAGCUUGCCUUUCCAGAUGCAAUAUAUUUGGUUGACGCCAUUGAGGGUGGUGAGAUGCUUGUAAAAGCCUGUAAGCCUGCACUUGAGUCUAGUUACAUCACAAAAGUUAUUCACGAUUGCAAACGAGAUAGUGAGGCAUUAUAUUUUCAAUUUGGCAUCAAGUUACAUAAUGUUGUGGAUACCCAGAUUGCUUACUCUUUGAUUAAGGAGCAAGAAGGACAGAAAAGAGUGCCUGAUGACUACAUUUCAUUUGUUGGCCUCCUCGCUGAUCCAGAAUACUGUGGGAUAUCAUAUGGUGAGAAGGAAGAAGUUCGAACUCUAUUGAGGCAGGAUCCUAACUUUUGGAAGUAUAGACCAUUGUCAGAACUAAUGAUCCGGGCAGCUGCAGAUGAUGUUCGAUUUCUUCUAUUUGUAUAUCAUAAGAUGGUGGAGAAAUUGAACCAAAGAUCCUUGUGGUAUCUUGCAGUCCGUGGUGUGCUUUACUGCAGAUGUUUUUGCAUCAAUGAUAACAAUUAUGCAGAUUGGGCCACUCUGCCCCCAGUUCCAGAUGAUCUGAUUGUUAAUGAGAACACUCCAGAACAAGAAGUCCUCUCAGUUCUUGAUGUUCCCCCAGGCAAGAUGGGCCGUGUUAUUGGAAGACGGGGAGUUAAUAUCCUGUCAGUAAAGGAGUCGUGCAAUGCUGAAAUAUUCUUUGGUGGCGACAAAGGUCCUCCUGACAAGGUUUUCAUCAUUGGGCCAGCGAAGCAGGUUAGGAAAGCAGAAGCAAUGCUAAGGGGAAGAAUGCUGGAAAUGUACUAGACAUCAUAAUACACUGCUGCUCCAUCCAGAUGUCUUUACAGUAGCACCACCCUAAAAAGAUGGAUUUAAUUGGCUUUGCACUCGUUGCCAUAUGAAUAUGUGCAUAAAUAAAUUCUAAGCUAUAAAAACUAAAAAGUGACAGAUGAAAAUUUGCUCAUGUUAACUGUUCAGGUUUGGAAUAGGUGAUUUCCAAUUAUCAGAACCAAGUUAAUUUGAAUACAAUUACUGCUAUAUCA